AUGUUCGAGAAGCUGGCUCGGGAGUGGAUGGUUGAGAGAGGUUUAGAGCCGAGGGAGACUGCGACCAAGGUCAAGCGUUUCUACCACUACUACGCCAUAAACCGCCAUAAGAUGACUGUGAGGCUUUGCACUCAAGACUUGCUAGAAGAAAUAGCUGACGCGGAACACUUCAGACUCUUACACCAGCAUAUCAUGCAGAAUAGGCACUCUCUCGCCGUUUCAAUUUACGACUCACGGAAGCUGACAGUCGAAAACCUUAUCAGGGCAUACUCGCCUGAUGACAACAGAUUUGAUCUCCGGCCGUUCCUCCUUCCUCCGCAGUACGAGGGCUGGGAAUACAAGAAGAUUGAUGAUUUGGUCGAGAAGAUGGAGGCACAAGAGAGCCAAGAGAGCUAA